AUGUCUGAAACCCCACAGCCGGCUCCUCAGCCCCAGCCGACACCCCAGCCACAGGCUCAACCACAACCUGCAGCUCAGCCCGCCUCCACCUUCGCCGCAGCUCAAUGGCCUCAGCCCGCGCGUGCGUGCUCCAAUACUUCUUCACGCUUCGAAGAUCUAAGCUUGUUGCUUUCAGCGAUUCCGAUUGAUCCUGCACUGCAGCAGCAAUCACAACAUCCGACGCAUACAGCAGCUACCACGUAUUCUCCAUACCAAUAUGGACACUACCCUCAGUCGAGCUAUGCCCAUUAUCCACACUACACCCAACAAGCCCAAGUCGCUCAACAAGCCCAGACAGCCCAGAUAGCCCCAUCAUCAUCACAAGUCCAUACACAGGUUGCGCAGCCGGCCGUGGCCGGUGUUAUUCGGCCAAUAUCGACACCAGCGGCACAAGCACCAGCACCAACCCAACCAAAUACAGUAGAAACUACCGAUGUUGCGACGUUGAACGAUGCACUCGGCAGUGCAGGGGUGGACCUGAAGGCGGAGGAAGAAACUCUGCAGCGGACGAACGACCAAUACUACGCCUACCGGCCAUACGAGGACCGGUCACGAAAGCAGCCAGACAAGCCUCAGUUUGACACCUCCUUCCUCUCCGCGACGAUGCGCACGACCGGGACAAAGUACAAAGUCCCGAACAUCCCCAAAGACUCGGUCGAGUACCUCGCGCUCGCCCUCCGCACACGUCUUCAGACCCUCCUCACCUCGAUGAUCGCCGCCGCGAAGCACCGGACGGACACGCAGUUCGACCGCCCCCCGAGCACUUACGAGGACGGCACGCCGGUGUGGAGCAUCAAGGUCCGCGCGGACGUCGGGAAGCAGCUCGAGGCGCUCCAGAAGGCGUACAGGGAGGAGGACAUCAAGGAGCGGCGCGAGCGCAAGGAGCGGCAGGACGCGCAGGCCGCGCAGGCCGCGGCGCUCACCACGGGGACGAAUGGCGCCGCGGGCCUCGACGGGCUCGGUGGGGAGGGGGAGGACGGCGCGCCGAAGAAGAAGAAGAAAAAGGACGGCCCGGGCGUGACGGCGCGGAACAUGUCGGCGGACGUGCAGAAGAAGAUGUCCAACGCGGUCGCGAGCCAGGCGGCGGGGCUGGGGACGGGCAAGUACGCGUGGAUGUCGGCAGCGAGCGCGGGGGCAGCCAAGCCGAAACCGAAACCGGCGGGGACCCCCGCAACAACGACGACCCCUGCGACGAACACGGCGAGCGGAUGGGCACGACCGUAUCAGAGCAAGAUGAAUGCCCAGUCGAAGGAGAAGGACGACGACGGGCGGUUGGCUGUCACGCUGCAAGACGCAAUAUUCGUCGUGGAGAACGAGAAGGGGCACGGAGGCGGACGUGGUGCUGCCAAGUACUGGACAUAA